UUGCAUUCCGCCGGCACGACGAUGCUCUCGCGACGCCGGCGAUCCAAUCAGGUUGCGUUCCUCUUCGUCCACAAUUGACGGGGAGGGGUUAUUUGUGGAGAGUGUGAGUCCUCACUUCGGGCUCAACAAGUCACAACCGCCCCCCUUCCCUUUGAUGCACGAGUCUAUACGUGAUUCCUGCGCGUGCCAGCCCAAUCAUGACCGCACCCACGCCCCGAAUUCCUCCGGACCCACUCCCCGCGCCGGCUCUGGCUUUCGUAUCGCUCGGGAUGGUCGUCCUCGAUGAGAUUCGCUUCCCGGACGGCAGGAUCCUCCGCGACAUCCCCGGCGGCUCCGGUUUCUACGGUACUCUCGGCGCCCGCCUCGCCGUCCCGCAGGACGAGUCCGCGACCGUUUGCUGCCUCAUCACGGCCGGGUCCGACUUCCCUUUCUCGGUAAGGGAAAAAAUCGAGGAAUGGGGCGUCAGCGUGCACCUGGAACAGGUGCCCGGUGCACGCUCGACCAGGGGCCUCUUGGAGUACGAGAAUGACGCUUUUGGGAAGAAAACGUUCCGGUACACCACGCCCCCUCUCCACCCAACCGUGGACCGGCUUCCGGCCUCGCUCCUCGAGUCGUCGGUCGUCCAUGUCCUGGCGACGCCCGAGGACCUCGAGCGACAUGUCUCGGCCCUUAUGGCGCGCCGUGCAGGCGCCGACAGCCCUCACCCCUUGGUCGCAUGGGAGCCCUCGCCCAUCGGCAUCUCCGACAGGGAGGACGACCACAUGCGAGCCGUUGGCUGGUCGGACGUCUGCUCGCCAAACGACCACGAGCUGCUGCGCAUGAUGGGCGUGGAGGAGGGUCCGGGGAUCCCUUACAACAGAGCGCUGGUCGAGGUCUUUGCCGUCCGGCUCGCCAGAGGCGGCGGAGGCGGUGGCGGCGAGGACCUCCCGGGCGGCCCCUCCGCCCCCGACACGUCCGACAGGAGAAUCACGGUCAUCAGGUGCGGCGACCAAGGCUGCCUGACCGUUCGCCGGGGUGGCAGCCCCGUGUGGCGGCCCCCGUUCCACGAUUACGGCUCGCCCAAGGUCGUCGACCCCACGGGCGCCGGCAACGCCUUCCUCGGCGCAUUCGCGGUCGCCUUCGCGAAGACGGGGGACGAUGCCCUGGCAUCCGCGUGGGGUGCCGUCGCGGCCAGUUUCGUGAUCGAGCAGAUCGGGCCGCCCAAGAAGGAGGUGGUCAACGGUAAAGAGGUCUGGAACGGAGAGCGCUUCGAGGACAGGCUCGAGAAGUACAAGGCCAAGGUGGCGACGUGACCGCCGACGAGCCCGAGUACACGACGCGCAUAGAGAGAACCGGGACCGUAUCGUCACGAGGAUCCCGGUGGUCAUGUGGGUAUCAUAAGGAGUUUCUAGAAUUCCCAACCUCUAUAAUGUUCUUCUCCGAAACAAGAACCCCCCCUUUUUUGUCCCUUCCUUUCCAUGUCCCUUCCUUUCCAAAAACAAACGACUCUCAUGACCCCCUGUUCACCGGAUGACCUGCGUGCCCUCAGCGGGCUCCAGGACCUUCCAUUGGCAGCCGACAUUCUUGUCGGCAUUGUUCUCCUUGAGGAUCUUGAUGAUCCUCUCGGCAAUCUCCUC